AUGCAUUCCAAGGCCAUCGUUCUCUCUCUCCUCGCCGCUACCGGCGCUUUUGCUGCUCCUCACAGCCGUCGCAACUACGACGACAAGGUCAACGUCGCGCUGAGCGAUGGAGGUGAAACCGGCGCCCAGGUGAACCUCAAGUCCAAUGUCAGGGACAUGGCCGCCCCGGCCAUCAGCGGACCCUUCAACUCGAUCGAGAUCCGACUCGGCGAGGACGUCCAGAACAAGGAGCUCCGUUGCCAGGCUCUUGACAACUAUGGAAACCCCAUUGUGGCCACACGCGGCGCCAACAUUGACACCACCUUCUCCGAUGCCGACAAGGGCGCCUGGACCUUCCGCGAGUCCAGCUAUGUCAGCGAGGUUGUUUGCGACCCUUCGUUCGUGAAGAUCGACCCGGCCUCGGAUGAACUCAACUUGCGCGUCAUCCUCCAAAGCCAAUCCACCGAGACCGGCUCGCAGACAUCCCUGCCUGCGGGCUACCGCGCCGAGUCGGCUCCCGUCGCCACCAGCGGUCCCUUUGAAACCGUCGAGCUCUCCGUCGGAUCGUUGGUCGAGAAGCAGGACUACCGCUGCCAAAUCCUCGAUAUCCACGGCAACCCCCUGAUUGUCCUCAGAGGCGCGAACCGAGACAUCACCUUCUCCGACGCCGACAAAGGUGCCUGGACCCUGGAGACCCCGAGCGAGGUUGGCGACAUCGUCUGCGACCCUACCUUUGUUGCCCAAAAGCUGUAA